AGACGCGUGUGCGUGUGCGUGCCACCGUCCGUCACGAGCGCUGGCGACCUCUACUACAUACACCCAAGACCUGGAGAUGACUGCAUCUCUUGGCAGCAGAUAACGGCACGGCAAUGUGCCCAGCUCCGUUCCGCCUGGGUCCUGUCUCCUGGAAUGCCAUUAUAAGAACGGGGCCGUGAUCCCCGUUGCCGAGUCGCCAAUGUUGUCGCGCGCACGUCUCCAUCACAGGGCGGGACUGGUCCAUCCAGGCACUUGCUCAACCAACUUGGAUAAUCACAGCUGCAUCUCGAGUUGAACAGCACACGCAGACCAUCUGAAGCGGCACGCUCAAGGCAAACGCCCACCAUGAGUGACGAGAUCCUCCCCGUCCUCGAGUGGCCGGCGUACGAGGUCAACCCAAACGGCGGCGACCCCAUCACCCAGGACCUCAAUGCGCCGUACGACAAGGGCGACCUCUGCUGGCUGCUCGUCAGCACCGUGAUAUGCUGGCAGAUUACUCCGGCCAUCGGCUUCCUCUACGCGGGCAUGCACCGCCGCAAGGCUGCCCUGACCAUGGUCUUCCAGUCGCUCUUCUGCGCGUGUGCGUGCGGCAUCCAGUUCUGGGUCUACGGCUACUCGCUCUACAUGUCGCACACCGAGUCUGCCGUCUGGGGCGACCUCUCCCUCGCCGGCCUGCACAACGUCAUGGCCUUCCCGUCCCAGGCCAACACCGGCAUCCCGGACAUCCUGUAUGCUGCCUUUGGCAUGACCUUCGUCACCGCCACGGCCAUGAUCUUGGCCGGUGCGAUGCUCGAGAGGGGUCGCCUCUUCCCAAGUAUGGUCUUCUUGCUGUGCUGGACAACCUUUGUCUACUACGUCCUCGCGUAUUGGGAAUGGAACCCGUCUGGAUGGCUUUAUCAGCUCGGCGUGUAUGACUUUGCCGGCUCCGGUCCAGUCCACAUCGCGUCCGGCUUCGGCGCGCUCGCUUGGUCCCUGAUGCUCGGGCCCCGAGUCCGUUCUGAUUCCGUCUUCGACAGCACCAAGCAUGACCCAGCCACUUCCACGGCCGAAGCACAACCCGCAACGGCCAGCUCGAGUGGGAGCACCAACGGCCAGGACCCAUCGGCCCGGGAGAAAACCGCCGCCACAGCCACGACCCCGACUGCCGCGGCUGAGGCCGCCGCCGCCGCCACUGAAGUCCGCAAGCACGAGAACCGACACCACACUCGCCCGCACAACCCUUUCCUCGUCGGCCUUGGCACGGUUCUCAUCUGGUUCGGCUGGUUCGCGUUCAACGGCGCGUCGACGGCUAAUCUGUCCAUCCGCUCCAUCUACGUCGUCGUCAACACCAACCUCGCCGCCUGCGGAGGUGGCCUGGCCUGGGCUGGGCUCGAGUACCUACAUGAGCAUUUCGACUUCCGUCGGCACAGCCACGGCAGCAACAAGAAAACGGAUGAUAGCGUCGAGCUCGGCCCCGUCACCACAGCAGCACUUGGGGGAGGGGGCAAGUUCAGCAUCGUCGGCUUCUGCAGUGGUAUUAUUGCCGGGCUGGUCGGCAUUACGCCCGCGGCGGGUUUCGUACCCGUGUACGUGGCGUCACUGAUCGGGGCUGUGACGGCGACGGCUUCCUUCUACGUGGUCCGGCACAAGCACCGGCUUGUCCUCUUCGGCCACGUCCUCGACGACGGGCUCGACAUCUUUGCCAUCCACGGCGUCGGCGGCGUCGUCGGCGACAUCCUCACCGGCUUCUUCGCCGCCACUUUUGUCCCGGCCCUCGACGGCGCCAGCGGCGCAACCUAUGCUGGCGGCUGGUGGGAGGGCAACUACAUCCAGAUGGGCUACCAGCUCGCCGCGGCGCUCACGUGCGCGAGCUGGAGCUUCGUCGUGUCCUGCGCCCUGCUCUUCGUCAUCAACAAGAUCCCCGGCCUGCACUUGCGCGCCACCGAGGAGGAGGAGAUCCGCGGGCUGGACUUCAAGUAUCUGAGCGACAGCCUGGGCGGGGACUGGGACUCUGAGAUGGGAGAGGACGGCGGCCAUGUGAGGAGAUAUGUCCUCCAGGCGUACGAGGGCGUCCCUGUGCCUGUCGCUGCUGUUGCUGGUCCUGCUGCCGCGCCGGGCUUGGGCGGUGUCAAGGCAGAUGGCGGCGAGGUGGUGAAGCAAGAUUGAUUGCGUCGUCAUCGACGUCGUUGUUUGGCUGAGGAGACGGCAUCGUAACAUGUCAUUACAGUAACGUGAUGUUGCUCAGAUAGACCCAAAUAGCCUGCAACUCUUUUAAUAACCACAAAUCUCGGCAUAAUUCAAGC